AUUUAUAGCAAUUUUACACUACACAUAAACAUAAAAUUCUUCAUACAUCUAAAUUAUGUUUGUUAUAUUUUUAAAUCUGGCUUGUAAUUCCAAAGGAAGAAGUUUCUCUUUUAUUAAUUUUCCACACAUUUUCUAAAUUGUUCAAAAUGUCUCAAGAGGUCAAUGUGCAAGUCAACAAUGAAGGGUCAAAAUUAGGCUUGUAUCACGUAAAAAACGUCAGUGAACCGAAUUACGUCAUGGGCAUCGGGGACCAUGCACAGCUGAUGGACAGGAAUACAGCAGAGCAUAUGUGGCAGCUACUGAGGAAUGCUAUUCAACAAAUACAGACAGAACGACUGCAAGAUCUGGACUUUGAACUACUAUACAGAUACGGCUACUACCUCGUCCUGAACAAAUAUGGAGGAAUGUUGUACAACGGGCUGCGUGAUGAAAUUUCUCAUCAUGUCACACAUAAAGUACGGUCAAGAGUUCUAACUAAUUUAAAUAACAAUUUCCUGCAAGUGAUGACCAGUUCUUGGGAUAUCCACCAGAUGUCUCUGUUGACAAUCCGAGACAUUCUCAUGUACCUUGACAGGGUUUAUGUGAAGAACCACGGCGUUGAUGAUAUCUACACUCUUGGACUCAAUCUCUUCAAAGACCAGGUUGUACAAUACAGUAGCAUCCAGACCUUCUUACAAUCUAAACUAUUGGAUCUGGUGAUGACAGAGAGGCAAGGAGAUGUAAUAGAUCGACCGAUAUUCAGAGAUACAACUCGCAUGCUCAUGGUACUUGGAAAUAAAACACCUGAGGUGUACCAAGUGAACUUUGAAACUCCGUUCCUCCAACAAUCCAUAGCCUUCUUCAAGAGCGAAAGCCAAAGGAUGAUAGUUCAAGGGAACACAGCUGAUUAUCUGAGGAAUGCUAUGCAAUAUAUUUGUAGAGAGAGUGAAAGGGCUGAUGGUUGUUUUGACGAGAUAACAAAACCGAAAAUUGUAAAAGUAGUAGAGGACGAACUUAUCUCCACAAAUCUGAAGCAAAUUGUUGAGAUGCCAGAAUCUGGUGUGGUCCACAUGAUGGGCAACCAGUUGACGGAAGACCUAAAGAUGAUGUACCAGCUUUUAUCCAGGGUGCCGGAAGGUUUGAGGGUUAUGUUCGAAAGUAUGAGUGGGUACCUGCGUCAGCAGGGAUGCGAAAUAAUGGUGAACCAAGAACCGAAGCCCGUAAACAUCAUAGAGAGGCUGUUAGAAAUUAAACAGUUCACUGAUUAUUUCUUAGCAAACUCAUUCUCUAAUGACAAAUUCUGCAAGCAAAUGAUUGCUUUGGACUUUGAAUAUGUCCUAAACAUAAACAGCAAGUCUCCAGAGUAUCUUUCACUCUUCAUUGAUGACAGGUUGAAGAAAUGUGCCAACGGGUUCAACUACGAAGACAAAGCUGUUCUUGAAAAUACUGUAGAACUUUUUCGAUUCCUGCGGGACAAAGACAUGUUUGAACAAUUUUAUAAACAACAUUUGGCAAAGAGACUGUUACUCAACAAGACUAUUAGUGAAGAGCAAGAGAUGGCAUUCAUAGGCAAACUAAGGACAGAGUGUGGUCUCCAGUAUACUCGCAAGAUGGAAGGAAUGUUUAGAGACAUUUUAAACUCCUCAGAAAUCACUGCAGAGUUCCAAAACCAUGUCACGGAUACUUGGGAUCCAAUCACUGGUGUUGAGCUAAGUGUGCGUCUUCUGACAGCAGGUUUCUGGCCAAUGAUUGAUAUUCUUCCACCAUGUCGUCUGCCUUCCCACACCCAGACUGCGUACGACUCGUUCAAGCAGUUCUACCUUUCCCGUCACUGCGGUCGUCAGUUGACUUUACUGCCUCAGCUGGGCUCUGCGGAGAUGAAGGCGUCAUUUCAAGGGAAAGAGUACACAUUGCCAGUAUCAACAUACCAGAUGUGCAUCUUGAUGCUGUUUAACAUCAAGUCCCACUGGACUCUUCAGGGAUUACAGGAAAAUACAAAGAUACCAAUGAAAGAUUUGCUGCGUUCUCUUCAGUCACUCUCUUCUGGUAAAAGCUUCCAGAAAAUACUGAACAGAUCAGCCAGUCCUUCACAGGGUCAUCUGGAUGAUGUAUUCUCUGUCAAUGAAACUUUAAGCUCAAAAGGUAGCAGGAUAAAGCUUCCACAAGUACAAAUAAAGUUUGAGGCCACAGGAGAUCCAGACAGGAUGACAAGAAUAAUUGAAGAACGAAAACAUGAAGUUGAAGCUGCUGUCAUGAGGAUUUUAAAAGCUCGUAAGACUGCCAAGCAUGAUAUGUUAACGAAUGAGGUGAUCAAAAUGUUAAGUCCCCGAUUUAUGGCCAGCAAAGAGUUUAUCAAGAUCAGAAUUGAAGACCUGAUAGAGAGGGGAUUCAUUGUCAGAAGUAAAAAAGACAGACGAGUCUACGAGUACGUGGCCUAAAGAUAAGAGACUGAAGGACGAUUCGAAACUGCACAGAAGACCUGAAGUAAUUUAUCCGAUCUAAAAAAAUUGUGUACAGUCCUUCAAACGUUUUAUCAAACUUACUUCCAAAUAAAAAUACAUUUAACACCCUUUUCA